AUGACAGCUGGUUUAAAGAACGUCAUUGUUAUCGGCGGCUCCUAUGUCGGACUGGCUGCUGUGAAGGAGUUGGCUACGCUUCUACCAGUUACUCACAGGGUUCUCUUGAUAGAGCCUCACAGCCAUUUCCAUCAUCUCUUCGCUUUCCCACGCUUCGCCAUUGUUCCAGACCACGAACACAAAGCAUUCAUCCCUUACACCGGCUUCCUCUCUUCUCUCCCUAACGCCGCCAACCACUCUAUUGUACAAGCCAGGGUACUUUCUCUACAGAAGAACAACCUCACUCUUGACCGACCAUGGCAAGGCUCAACCGAGAUCCCAUUCGACUACGCAGUCGUAGCCACCGGCACGCGACUCCAGGCUCCCAGUAACAUGCAGUACGACGAUAAGAAGACUUCUGUCGAUUACUUCAGAACGUAUCAGCAGGGAAUCAAGAAAGCGAACUCGAUUGUCAUUGUUGGCGGUGGAGCCGUGGGUGUGCAGAUGGCGACUGAUUUAGGGGAGGUGUAUCCUGAGAAGAAGGUCACACUGGUUCAUUCGCGCGACAGACUUAUGCAGCUUUAUCAUGAGAAGAUUGAUGCCAUCAUUCGUGAUCGACUGCAAGAGCUUGGUGUUGACGUUAUCACCGGUACACGCGCAGUCUUACCAUCAAAGGGUUUCCCAACAGAUGGAUCCAGCUUUGAACUUGAGCUGAAUAACGGCCACAAGAUACAAACAGAUCUCGUCAUCCCAGCAACUGGACAAACACCCAACAACCAAUUCUUAAAAGACUUGAAGCCUGCACCUGGACAGACCAUCAUCAAUGAAGCCAACGGCUUCAUCAAAGUCGCCUCAACGCUGCAAUUCGCUGAUCCUCAGUACCCGAAUCUGUACGCAUGCGGUGACAUCGCCGACAGCGGUGCUCAUAAGGCUGCUCGGCCGGGAGCAGGACAAGCAGCGGCUGUUGCGCAGAACAUUGCGUCUAUGGUCCAGGGUGGUCAGGCUAGUCAGAGCAUCACCGUUGAUCCCCCAGCGAUCCAUAUUUCUCUUGGUUUGACAAAGAAUAUUGUCUUCAGGAAUCCAGGAAAGGGUCAGACAGAACCGAUGAUCAAGUGGAGAGACGAUGGUGCUAGAGAUAUGAAUAUUGAGGGUGUUUGGGAGAGAAGAGGCACAAGAGUUACCAGGCAGGAUGACUAUCAUCUUUGA